GGGAACCGACAGAAUGGCUGCCCAGUGCCGGAGCCCUCGGUGCACGGCGGAGAGGAAGGGAUUCCGGAGGGAACUCGACUCUUGGCGGCACCGGCUCAUCCACUGUGUAGGUUUCGAAAGCAUUUUAGAAGGGCUGUAUGGACCAGGAUUACGUAGAGACCUCAGUUUGUUUGAUGACUGUGAACCAGAAGAACUAGUUGAUUGGUGUGUGGAUGAUAAAUGUUCGUUAUGUUGCCUACGGAAAGAUGCUGUUUGUGAUUACUCACUGUCAGUUGGUUCAGAACCGUCCACGCCUACAAAAGAACUGAUAUCUCAGGGCCCUUUUAAUACCAAGAAAAUUGAAUGCCAAGCAGAAAAUUUCUUAAAUGCACUCUUUCAAAAGAAAGAUCUUCCUCAGAACUGUGAUUCAAACAUUCCACUUGUAGCUCAGGAAUUAAUGAAAAAAAUGAUACGUCAAUUUGCUUUUGAGUAUGUUUCAAAAAAUCUGACGGUGCAUCAAGAUGAUGAAAAUAGGGUUGAACCAGUUCCUAAUUGUAAUGGCAUACAGCUGAACCAAACACAGUGCUUACUUCAGGAAGAACAGGAGUGUCCAUUAGAUCUUACUGUAACUCGCAUUCAAGAACAUAAUUUUUCAUCAGGGGAUGGUAUAUUAGACCUCUCUAUAAAAAGAAAUGUUGCAAAGGAAGAGCCCUCUAAAUGGAACUGUUCAAAGCCAGGGGUCAAACAAAAUAUGUCACAGGAAAUGGAUGAAACUGCUAUAGCUCACAAGGCAAAAUCAGCUUUAGAAAGGGUCUUGGAUUCACACUGUCUGUAUCAUCAAAAACAGCUCAUUUGCAUGUUAAACUUUUUAACAGAGGAACAGAAAUUGUGUACAGAAAUUUGUCCGUACAAUUCAAUGAGAUAUUUGGAUUUAAAGCUGCCUAACCAUGGGAAACGAGUAAAUGAUGACCUUUUUACCUCUACCAAGUGUAAGCUCAGAGAACACUGUCAUUUAAAUUAUCCACAUUCAAGUUACAGCGCACCCUAUCUUUAUGUUUGCCUGAGGGAUUUACGUUUAACAUGUCCAGACCUAUCUUCGGGAACUGUAAAACUAUCUUCCAUCAAAAAUAGUGAAUUAAACCUUAAACACAAUGAUCAACGUGACUAUCAUGUAAACACAAGAUCAAAGGGAAAAAAUGUUUCUGAUUUUUUAACUUUUGAUUUUACUCCCAUAUCCCCUGGUAUUGAUAAGAGCAAAAGAAACCAGGGCCAUUUACUUCCACUUCUGUUGUCUGAGCAAAAUUCUUUGAAGGAGUCACCAUUAAUCUGUUCUCCUAAACCUCACCACAGUAAUCCAUUAUUAAUUUUGACUGAGAAAAAUACAAAAACGAUCUGUAAAUCAAAGAACAAUUUUUCAUCAGAAUUAAUGUCCAAAGAGCAAAAAAACAACCAGGAAACAUUUAAUAUUUGUGAAGAGACAAUAAAUCCUAUUGAUGAGAAGCUUCAAAACGUGAACCAUUCAGAAACCAUAACUAAUUCACAAAAUUCUUGUGCCUAUAAGAAAAGAAAAAAUGGUUCAUUUAAACAUGGAAGUAUAAUAAACCAGGUUCUAAAAGAUACAAAACAAAAAAAUGGUCGUGUUAUGAAAUUAUUGAAUCGCAAUGAAAAAAUGCAAAAAGUGUCGAUGGUGCAGACACGGUUUCGAAGGAAUCAAAAAAAGUUUUUAUCACAACUUAAGCUAUCUUGCUGCUCUUUAUCUAAACAUCAAUCUUUGGGAAUCAAAAAGAAAAUUAAUAAUUUAAUAGCAAUGUUUGGAAGAAAAGAGGUAAUUGCAAAAAAGAAUUCAAAAGCAGGUGCAAAAAAUAUAUUUACAUCCAAUCCUGCAACACAAAAAUAUACGGGCACAUCCUCUGGAACAAAUGAAACUGUGAUUUCAGCUCAGGAUACCAUAGAUCUACCUCAUUAUAGCCUACAAAUACAUUCUAAGAAUGUGAAUUGCUCAAAGGAUAACUGUAAUUUACCAAACAAUUUACCUGUUUCUGCAACUCAAAAGCAUGAAGAGGAACUCAAAAAUACUGAACAUCAAAUUUUCCCUGAAAAAAAUAUUGCAGAUAAUCUUCACCCUACAGUAUAUUGUAAAAAUGGUUUAGGAAAUGCUAUAAAUGUGUCAAAUGAUUUCUGUUCCUCAUAUAAUAGUGGUCUUUUAUUUUGUAAAUGCACUUGCAAAAAGGUUUCAGGAAUGCUUAAAGUUUUUAAUGUUAAAGAGAUCAAGAAUAUAGAUGUUGCAAAGAACACACACUUGAAGGUUGUAGUAGAAAAGAUGAAAGAAUCUAUUCAUCAUGAAAAUAAAGCAUUCAGCAAAGGAAAUGAUAAAACAAAAUUUGUAAAAGUCUUCUCUAAUAACAAAAUCAAGCAAAGCCAGUCUGGAUCAUUUUGUAACAAUGCAGAAGAAGUUUGUGCAGAGAAGAACCUUUUGCCGAAGCCCUUACGUGCAAGGAGUUCUACAAAUUUAGAUUCUUUAACAAAUAAGUAUAAGUGUCAAGACACACAUCUCGAAGUUAGUCCCGGCAGGAUAAAACUCCCUACAGCAACAGAUAAAUUGAAUGAGAAACAUCCUCAACAGUUUACAAGUCCAAUAAAACGUAUGUUUGUCUCAAAAGUCAAUAGUUCAGAUGGAGAAAAAUAUAGCUUAAGAUCUAUGUGUGAGUCACCUAAUGAAAACCAUGAUUCCCAGUCUUUUAAAAAGUCUGUAUCUUACAAAAAACGUAAAAGACGCUCGAAAUGCCCUGGUUACGGUCAGGAUACAUUGGGUACCUUAAUUCUCUCUUCAAAAUCGAAAAAUGAAUCUAAUGAAUGUGAGCAAAUAGAGUCUAAUAAGAAACCAAGCAAACCUACCAGUUUACUUCAUCAAAUCCAGAAGCCAAUUCUUAGACCUAGAGCUAUACUAUCAAAGUCAGUGGCAAAGUUAGGAAAAAAUGCAUACAAUUCUAGAAGACAAGAAAGACAAAAUACUGGGUAUAUAAACUUAGGAAUGACAUUGGGAUAUAAUUCUGAAAGCAAGACUUUAAAAAGACAUGUUUCAGAAAAUAAAUUACAUUCUAAGAAAGGUGGCUUCAACAAAAAAGGUGAAUUCAAAAACACUUCUAGAAAGCAACUUUUGUGUGACAAUGAAGUGCCAAGUUCAAUUGAGGAUAACUAUGUCUUACCUUAUUUACAAAAAAGCUUAAAAAAAUCAAGAGGUUCUAAAUUUGGUCUGAAAGUGAAGGGACCAUGUAAAGUAAAAAUCUGUGAUUUAUCUUUUUCUACCAAUAAACAUAAGGAAAGCAAAGUUAAUCAGGUUGUUUAUGUAUCUCCUUCAAGCCAGGCAGGGCCAGAGAAUAGUAAACACAAAUGUAAAAAAAUAGAAUAUAAUAUUUGCAAACAGAAUACCUUAAAUAAUGAUAAACAUACAUUUCGAAAAUGUGUAAUUUCACGGUAUAAUAUUAGACCCAGGAGGACAUCUUUACCCUUAUUACAUUCAUUUGGAUAUUCUACCUUUACUUAUAGAAAUGCCUUACGCCACAAAUCAAUACUAUGUUUCCAUAAACUCAGAAAAGGUCAUAAAGGCAAAAAUAAAAAUAAAAUACGCAAACCAUUUUCAAAACGUACACUGUGUUUAAUGAAUGAAAAAAACAGGGCUAAAAAUAUAUUGAAUAUUUCCUCAGAACCUAUUUUAAAAUGUAAUACAAUUCUUAAGUGGUGGUCAACAUCCGUUUCAAUUGAUUCUUUGCUUCAGGAUUUGGAUACCAGAUAUGAGCAGAUGGCAAACACAUGGCUCAACAAAAACAGUGAGAUACAACCUUCAGCAGUUUCAGAACCAUCACUAUUUAACAUAACUAUGACUCCAGUUCAGAUGCUUUUUAAUAAAAAGGUUCAUUUUAAUGAUAUUUCCAGCUGGUUUAUGCAAACAACUGAAACUAAAUCUCUCUCAAUAGUAAGAAGAGCUAAUGCUCGCUGUCGGUAUAAUAAAAACAAAAGUAAAGAGAAAAGAACAAAACAAUCCAGUCUGAAUUUUAAAAAUUACUUUAAACAAUGCGCUCACCUGACUGAAUUAAACGCUGUUAAACCUUUAGAAAACACACCUCAAGUUGUACAUCAUGUAGGAUUCAAAAGACCUAUAGGUGCUGCGAAGAGAAAACAUAAAGCUGAAUGGAAUCUAAAAAAUCUGCAAAGUGUUAAUGAGCAGACUAAGGAAAUAUGUGUUAAAGCGUCAAGCGAAAAUAAUGAUGCAGACAAAGUUCAAGAAAAACUUACACCAGCUGGUCAAAACGCCAACCCAUCCAUUCAAAAUGAUAUGAAAGGUGCUUCUCAUCCAAAAGCUGUGCAAUUGCCAAGUGUGGUGUGUCUUCAUAAUGGAGUGUCUACUAAUCCCUAUGUAAAACUUGACAGGUUAUUAAACACUGUUCCAAAAAUAAAUAAAACCUAUGAAUGGAUUAACAAGAAAGAUGUUAAACACUGUAAGGUAUUACUUAAAAAAUGUCAUUUUGAUACCAAAUUAGAGCACAAACCUUUGUGCAGUUCAGGAAUUGUUGAAAAUAGUACUGCUACUGAAUCGUACAAAGGUCAUUUAAGGUCAAAUUUGGAAAGUAAUUUUGACCGAAAGUUGAUUGCCGUACAAAUGAACAGUCGUCUUAGAAAAUCUUCGAGAACUAUGACAAGAACACAGUGGUCUACUAAAAAGAAAUCUGACAGAAAAAUGUGUUUGAAAAAAUGCAGACUACAUGUUAGUCAUAACCUAAGUGCUUCAAAAACACCAGAUAUUAACAUGAGGAAAAGGAAAAGAUGUGAGACAUCAUCUGAGUAUAGAAAAAACAACCACAAAAGACUGAAACCGCUUGUUACUGAGAAUAUGUUGAAUCCUUAUUCCAAGUUUCAUGCUGGUCUUCUUAAACCGAUUGGACUUACUUCGCACAGCAGAGUGUCAAGCAAAUUCGGCAGCUAUUCUUUGACUCCAAUUCGUAUACCACUUCUCGGAAAUAAUAAGUGUGACCGUAAGUCUUCUCGAAAAGAUCACAACUGAAUGUACAGCCUGAAAUCCAUAGUGCCUUAUCUUCAUCCUGGAAGUUUAAACUUUUCCCAUUAGUUUGAUAUGAAUGCCAGUCUCAGCAGUAUGUUUGUUCUAUUCUAAAUGCAGUUUGCUUUUUUUUUUUUCUCCUCUUUUACUAAGAAAAUCCCAAUGUUCACUGAAGUUUAACAACAAUAUUAAGCCCUUAGUGUACUGUAUUUUUUUAUUUUUUUUGGAAGAAAACGUUAUGAAAUACUAGUGUUUACGUUACUCCGUAGGCAGUCAUAGAAGAGCUACCUCCAAAGUAAAGAGCUGUGUGACCUGUUAGAUUUUUAGGGGGGGGAUCAAACAGUGAAAACAUUUCUUCCUUUUUGUUUAAUACCUGAAUCCAGUGAGCUUUAUUAUAUAAAUAAUUUUGAAAUAUUGACCUUCUGGUAAUAAAAAUUCAAGUUACAA